UACCCGUGACCCCCCGGCUCCGCCCCCUCCCGCCCGCGCGGGUCACGUGAGCCCGGCGGGCUGCGGUCACGUGGGGGCGGCGAUGGCGGCGGCUCUGGGCGGGGAGAGCGAGAGCGGCCGCGGGGGAGGCGGGGCCACGUCGGAUCAAAUCCUGCAGACGGGAGCGGUUCUGCUGCAGGGGUUCAUCCGGGACCGGGUCCAGCGCUGCGGGGACUCCCAGGCUGUGGAGCUGAGCCGGGCAGAGCUGGGGGGGCCGGAGCCCCCCCUCUGCGACGAGAACACCAAGCGGCUCAGCGAGUGCCUGCGGCGGAUCGGGGACGAGCUCGACAGCAACGCCGAGCUGCAGAGUAUGAUUGACCGGGUGGGGGCCCACGCCCCCAAGGAAGUCUUCUUCCGCGUGGCCGCCGAGAUGUUCUCCGACGGGACCUUCAACUGGGGCCGGGUCGUGGCGCUUUUCUACUUCGCCUGCAAGCUGGUGCUCAAGGCGCUGUGCCCCAAGGUCCCCGAGCUGGUACGGACCAUCGUGGGCUGGACGUUGGAGUAUCUCCGGGAUCAUGUGCUGGCCUGGAUCCAAGCCCAGGGAGGAUGGGACGGCCUCCUCUCCUACUUCGGCACGCCCACCUGGCAGACCAUCACCAUCUUCGCCGCCGGCGUGCUCACCGCCUCCCUCACCAUCUGGAAGAUGUCGUAGGGCGGGGUUGGGGUGUGCUCCGCGGCACCCCACGUCUGGCCGGACUGCGCUGGGCUCCCCGGGGGCUGGCUCCCCUCGUCCAGCCUCGCUCCCUCCCCAAUUCUCGGUGCCUUGUGCUCAACUCGGAACAAACCUCUCGGGACCCCGCGCUGCGCCUCCCGGAUGGGGACCGACGUCUGGGGACACGGCCGCUCCGUGGGGCGGGACGCCCUCCUGCAUCUGGGCAGAGACUUGAGAGGCCUUGAGCUCCACCCGGGGCUGGUCGGCGUUUAACUUCCUGGCGGGCUGGCUGCCUGCGGGAAUCCUGAGCCGAGGUCGCGGGGGCCAGAGCUGGUUCCGGGAGCUGAACUCGGGCCGAGGUCGCGGGGGCCGGAGCCGGUUCUGGCACCGGGGGCUGAACUCAGACCGAGGUCGGGGGGAUCCGGAGCCGGUUCCAGCAGCGGGGGCUGAACUCAGGCCGAGGUUGCGGGGGGCCAGAGCCAGCACCGGGGGCCGAGGUCGGGGGGAUCUGGAGCCGGUUCCGGGGGCCGAACUCGGGCCGAGGUUGCUGGGGCCGGAGCCGGUUCCGGGGGCCGAACUCAGGCCGAGGUCGGGGGGAUCCGGAGCCGGUUCCGGGGGCCGAACUCGGGCCGAGGUCUGGGGCUGAUUCCCCUGGCGAGAUCAGUUCUGGGGGGAGCUCAGUGGGGCAGGCUCAGGCCUGGCUGCCCGUGACCUGGCAGACUCGGUUUCCUUCCCUGAAGCACCCAUCGGGGGGCCCCCCCUCUUCCGAGUCCCCCCUCUGCUGCCAGCGCCCCAGGUGGGUGGGUGCAGCUCCCUGCCCCCCAGCACCUCCCUGGGGAUUUCCAGCGCCCCUCCCCCCCUCCCCCAGCCUGGCAGGGCCGCCCAUGAGGUGCCUCUGUCCAGGGUACCCCAGUGCCAGGUGCCUCUGUCCUCCCACCCCCCCAGUGCUGUGCACGGCGCCUCCCCCGGGCGUAAAAUCCGGUGGCCCCCUCCAUCCAGCACGGCCUUAGGGCCCCCCUCAAAGCCCUGCUGGGGGGCUGUGUUGGGGGAUGCCCCCAUAGCAGGGGAAUCCUUGUACAGAGCACUCACAACAGUACUGUAGUGGGGGAGGGGACUGGCCCCAUCUUCCCCCCUCCCCCACCGUUACCCCCCCCCCCGGCUUCUAGUGGGAGGCGGGUGGGACAGGUCCCCCCACCCCUGACGCCGCUGUACUGUAAUUAACUUAAUACUGUUUGUAAAGCGAUGUGUGUUCUCAGGUAUGGGGCUGACCCCCUUCCCUAGCAACUGUGGCCCCCCCUUCACCCCCCUGGUAAACUCUGGGGGGGGGACAGUGCGCGGCUCCCAGAUUUGCCCCGAAUGUCCCUCUGCAGCCACCAGUUGCGGCCAGGGGUUGCCAGGAACUUGGGGGGAGGGGGAGGGGUGCUGCUCCCAGCUGUGUUUGGGGGGGGGGGGGCAGAGCAACGAUUCCUGGGUUAGCACCCCCUCCCCCCAAAAAGGCUGGUUUGGGGUUGGGAGGAUGAGAGGGGAGCAGCUGGUGAGAUUCCCCCCCCCCCCCGUUGCUGCUGGGGGCUCUUAGCACAUCUGGAGCUCCCCCCCAGCACCCACCCGCCAGGCCGCAACUGGCCGUUUGAACCUGGGGGGCAGACGCCCCGGAGCCAGGAGCAUCCCUGGGGGGCUUGGGGCAGACGCAUGCGCUGAUGAACUGCGGGCAGGGGGGUGGGACUUGAAAUGAAUGGGGAGUAUGUGAUGUCAUGGGUGGGGCGGGGCUAAUAGGAAGGGACUGAUGAUGUCAUGGAGUUGGGCAUUGGGUGUAUGAUGUCACAUGUGGGUGGGGUUAAUAUGAAGGGACUGAUGUCUGGGGGUUGGGUGUAUGAUGUCACAGGUGGGGUGGGGCUAAUAAGGGACUGGUGAUGUCAUAGAGAUGGUGGUUGGGUGUAUGAUGUCACCGGUGGGCGGGGCUAAUAGGAAGGGACUGAUGAUGUCAUGGGGUUGGGGGAAACAAUUUCAACCUCUUCUCAUUCCAAUCCCUGUUCCGUGCCCCCCCCCAGCGUACCUCACCCCCCUCCCCCACUGGGGGCCCCCACGCUGCCCCCCCAUGCACUGACUUUCUGCCCAGAGGUAGCCAUGUACUGUGCCUGGGGUGCCCCCCCGGCUAGUGGCUGCGCCCCCUGGAUCAGAACAGGGGGGCCAGCCAGGGGGAGGGGUCCGGAGUGAAAAGAGAUUCCCCCCCCCCACGGGGGCCUCGGCUGCUGGUGCCUCUGGACUCUGAUUUUUUUAUCUCUUGUAUUUACUCAGUGAUUGUCCCCCCCCCCGUCCAUCCAUCGUGCCCCCCCCGUCCCUAUCUCCCCCCGACCCGGGUCUCUGUAUUUAAGAUUCAUCCUUUGUAAUUUUUUCUACCGUGGCUGUUUUGAUACCAGGGUGAGGGGUCGUGUGCAAAAUACAGAAAAUAAACUCUGAGGACAGA